UACAGGGUAAAUAAAUCGCCAAACAGCCUGAAGCAAGAUAACGAUUACUACAGAGCGUGCAAUAAACUAGGUCUUUCAUUAUGAUACAGCUUCCACGGAGCAGAAGGAAUUUACGGAAUUUAUUUAUUUUGUAAACUUAUCUCACAGCUAGCUAGCUAGCAGGUUGCUGCGUUGCCUGAACGACAAAAAUGACAGAAAAACAGUUCAGAUGUGCUGCUGUUUCUUCUACUUCUUAAAAUAAUAUAAAUACUAACGUGAGUUCUCGCUUGCUGACAACUUAUAGCUCAUUUAAAAUGAAAAGAAGUUCACCAGAUAACUAUGUUACUAAACGCGUUCGGAAGUCUGCGGUAUUAACCACUGAACAGGUCGGUUCGGUCGUCUGUCAAGUUGGCAGACCACCGCAUUCUUCUGGCGAUCCAACGAUCAGAGCUUGGGGGACCGAAGCAGAACCGGUCGGUACGGGCAGUAUCAGGCUGUGCCGGGGACAUCAAGAAGUCGGUUUUUCAAAGGAUGGAUUCGCUAAGCAUAAGGAGAAUGGGCCGCUCCUCUCUGACGCUAACCCUCAGGGCCCCCAGAAGGCGGUGUUUGACAACCUGGGUUAUGACCCAGGGAGCCAGAGUGAGCUGCAUGUGCAGGAACCGUGCCAGCAGACCGAGGGCAGAGCGGGUGCCACACCCGGGGAGGCCAAGGUCAACAUCCAGGUGGAGGGCAUGACCUGCCAGUCGUGCGUGAGCACCAUCGAGGGUCAGCUGGGCCAGCUUGCGGGCGUGGCGAGUGUCCGGGUGUCGCUGGGCAACCGCGAGGCCGCCAUUUCCUACACCCCUCAGCUGGUCCAGCCCGAGCAGCUCAGAGCCGCCAUCGAGGACAUGGGGUUUGAGGCCGCUCUGUUGCCCCUGGCCCCACCCCUCGCCCCCGCAGCUGCGCCCCUGCCCGUCUGCCUGGCCCCUGCGGAGGGAGGGCGCCCCCUGCAGGAACACGGGGUCGGGGGGUCAGAGGGUGCAGGGACGUGGUGUGGGGUCACACUGGGAGUGCAGGGAAUGCACUGCCAGUCCUGCGUGAGGAACAUCAGCGUACACCUGAGCGGCACGGCGGGGGUGCGUCACGUCUCCGUCUCCCUGGAGACACAGAGCGCCCACCUGCAGUACUGUCCUUCCCUGGUCGCCUUGGAGACGCUGAAGCGGGCGGUGGAGAGCCUGCCCCCGGGGGGUUUUAGGGUGACGCUGCCCGCCACCGAAGACGGUGGGAAGGCAGAGGAGGCCUCGCGAACUGUCGUCGUGGCGAUUGUGGGAAUGACCUGCAGCUCUUGCGUGCAGUCCAUCGAGGGGGUGAUCUCCCAGAGACCCGGAGUGCACUCUGUGCAGGUCUCUCUGUCGGAGGGGCAGGGUACGAUCUGCUACGACCCCGGUCUCACCCAGCCAGAGGAGCUGCGGGCCGCCAUUGAGGAUAUGGGCUUUGACGCUUCGCUGCCAGAGGGUACCUCUGGGAGGGUGGGACCGAGUCCCCCAGGGAUUUUUGAGGACGCCCCUGGCACGCUCCUGAAGCCCCCCGAUAUGUCCCACACGAUUAACGCCGACAGCUCAGAAGUGAGGACUGAGAAGUGCUUCAUCCACGUGACGGGCAUGACCUGCGCUUCCUGCGUGGCUAACAUCGAGAGAAACCUCCAGAAACACAAAGGGAUCAUGUUGGUCCUGGUGGCCCUCAUGGCAGGAAAGGCAGAGGUGAAGUACAACUCCCAGAUUCUGGACCCACCCCGGAUCGCGCAGCUCAUCACAGACUUGGGCUUCGGUGCUACGGUUAUGGAGGACAGCGCCAUCAUGGAUGGCAAACUGGACCUCGUUAUUACAGGGAUGACAUGUGCAUCCUGUGUCCACAAUAUCGAGACCCAACUGAAGAGGACUAAAGGCAUUCUGGAGGCCUCAGUCGCGCUGGCAACCAGCAAAGCUGACAUCAAGUUUGACCCGGAAGUACUUGGUGCUCGGGACAUCAUCAGGGUUAUUGAGGGUCUAGGGUUCGGGGCUUCUCUCAUGAAGGGCGAGGGGAUCGGUAACCACCUGGAUCACCAGGAGGAGAUUCGACAAUGGAAGAACUCCUUCCUGUUCAGUCUGGUCUUCGGUGUGCCGGUUAUGGGCCUGAUGAUCUACAUGAUGGUGAUGGACAGUCAGCACCAGGCCCACGGUGGCUCCAUGCCCCCUGAGCAGAACCUGCUGCCUGGCCUCUCCACCCUCAACCUGGCCUUCUUCUUGCUCUGCACGCCAGUCCAGGUUCUUGGGGGACGGUACUUCUACAUACAGGCCUACCGUUCGCUCAAACACAAGACGGCAAACAUGGAUGUGCUGAUCGUCCUGGCUACAACCAUCUCCUACAUCUACUCCUGCGUGGUUGUCCUGGUUGCCAUGGCGGAAAGAGCGGAGCGCAGCCCCAUCACGUUCUUUGACACCCCGCCCAUGCUGUUCGUCUUCAUUGCCCUUGGCCGCUGGCUGGAGCAUGUGGCUAAGAGUAAGACAUCUGAAGCUCUGGCCAAACUGAUGUCCCUCCAAGCCACUGAUGCCACAGUUGUGACACUCAGCACAGACAACUCCAUUCUCAGUGAGGAGCAGGUGUCGGUGGAACUGGUCCAGAGGGGGGAUGUGGUCAAAGUGGUUCCGGGAGGGAAGUUUCCGGUGGACGGGAAAGUGAUUGAUGGCAGCUCUAUGGCAGAUGAGUCUCUCAUCACAGGUGAGCCCAUGCCGGUCAGUAAAAAGCCUGGCAGCACGGUGAUGGCUGGUUCCAUAAACGGUCACGGCUCUCUGCUGGUGCAGGCCACACACGUGGGGGCCGACACCACUCUCUGCCAAAUCGUCAAACUGGUGGAGGAGGCACAGACCUCCAAGGCCCCAAUCCAGCAGUUUGCGGACAGGCUGAGUGGCGUCUUUGUCCCUUUCAUUGUCAUCGUCUCCCUGGCAACGCUCGUAGCAUGGCUUGUCAUUGGUUUUGUGAAUUUUGACAUUGUCGCCGAGUAUUUUCCCGGUUAUGAUAAGAACAUCCCCAGGACGGACGUCAUCGUGCGGUUCGCCUUCCAGGCCUCCAUCACUGUGCUGUCGAUCGCCUGCCCCUGCUCGCUGGGCCUGGCCACGCCCACCGCUGUCAUGGUGGGGACAGGUGUGGGCGCGCAGAACGGCAUCCUCAUCAAGGGAGGCGAGCCGCUGGAGAUGGCCCACAAGAUCAAAGUGGUGAUGUUCGACAAGACGGGCACCAUCACGAACGGCGUGCCGCGCGUCACUCGGGUGCUGGUUCUGUGGGAGAGAGCCCGGCUGCCCCUGCGGAAGAUUCUAGCGGUCGUGGGCACGGCUGAAGCCAGCAGUGAGCAUCCGCUGGGGGCGGCCGUGGCCAAGUACUGCAAGGAGGAGCUGGAGACAGACAUGUUGGGCUACUGUCAGGACUUCCAGGCAGUCCCUGGCUGUGGCAUCAGCUGUAAAGUCUCUAACAUCGAGGAGAUCCUGCUGGCCGGGCCCAACGCCCGCAAUGCAGAGAACGCACGGCUUACUGUCCGUGGAGUCACCACCGAUGAGACCAGCCUGGUGAUCAACACUGACCCUGCCCCUGCAGGCCCCUCCACCUACUCGGUUCUGAUUGGGAACAGAGAGUGGAUGAGACGCAAUGGCCUGCAUGUCAACACCGAUGUGGACGACGCCAUGUCCAGUCACGAGAUCAAAGGGCAGACCGCCAUCCUGGUGGCCAUUGAUGGUGUGCUGUGUGCCAUGCUGGCCAUCGCCGACACGGUGAAGGCGGAGUCCGCCCUGGCCAUCCACACGCUCGGCAGCAUGGGUAUCAGCGUGGUGAUGAUCACCGGUGACAACCACCGCACGGCCAAGGCCAUCGCCACACAGGUGGGCAUCAGGAAGGUGUUUGCGGAGGUGCUGCCCUCGCACAAGGUGGCCAAGGUGCAGGAGCUGCAGGAGCAGGGUCUGAAGGUGGCCAUGGUGGGCGACGGGGUCAACGACUCCCCGGCCCUGGCCAGGGCCGACGUGGGCAUCGCCAUAGGAACCGGCACCGACGUGGCCAUCGAGGCCGCAGAUGUGGUGCUCAUCAGGAACGACCUGCUGGAUGUGGUGGCCAGCAUUGAGCUGUCUAAGAAAACGGUGCAGAGGAUACGCAUAAACUUUGUCUUUGCUCUGAUCUACAAUCUGCUGGGGAUUCCCAUAGCAGCUGGUGUGUUCAUGCCCGUGGGGUUGGUACUGCAGCCAUGGAUGGGAUCUGCAGCAAUGGCUGCCUCUUCAGUGUCUGUGGUGGUUUCAUCUCUGCUGCUCAAACUGUUUAAGAAGACCUCGACCGAGCGGUACGAGCUGCGGGCACAGGGUCAGCUGCGGAGUCUCAGCCCCUCGCAGGUCAGCAUGCACGUGGGGCUGGACGACCGCGAACGCAACCCCGCCCGCAGCCCCGCCCGCAGCCCCGCCCUGGGCCUGUGGGACCGUGUGAGCCGCAGCAGCCGCCAGUCCAUCGCCUCCUCUCUGUCCCACCAGGACCGCUGCUCUCUGCUGGACAGUGAUCGCGGAGACGACCUCAUGGCGUAGAGUCUGCGGGGGUGUGGUGGGGAGGGGUGGAGGGGGUGGCGCUCGACUCAUUUCACCAGCAGGGGGAGCCUCUGCUCCUCAAACCUAAGGACACAUGAACACACAGAGUGCCUCUUACUAUUUCAUUCAGGUCAUGGCCUCACACCCUUGACCAUAAAGGGAUUUAAUGUAGAUCCUGCCCCAGGAUCGGAGUGCUACAGGACACACUAGGGGCUUUACAGGGGUGUGGUGGUUUCUACAAUCAGGUGGAGAGGCAGGCAAAUGUGCCUGCUCUGUGUCUGGACAUUACUGGUCAUGUUGGUGAUGAUGAAGAUGCUAAUGCAGAAGACGGUUUCUGCUGCACACGCUCUGAUUUGUGAACUUCAGAGAACUCUUGUGAAUCCUACAGAGAACUGGGCAGCCGUGGUCACUCGCUCUGAAGAAAAGAGUGAACGAUAUACGGAGCCCGGGUUGAGGAGUGCCCAGCAAUGAGGGGACUGCAGGGGUCGGUAAUGGGGAACGUUGAGCUUAGCCACAGGGAAAGCAUCCGUUUCUGGCUGUGUCUGAAAUGCCUUAGUGUCUCUGUGUACAACCUCAGAUAAGUAAACAGGCUGCAGGAGAUAUAAUAUUGGCUCCUGAGUAGCCUCCCUUUGUGCCUAAUCAAUAGCAGAGAACUUUAUCACUGUGCUGUACUGGCUGGUUAUUAAUGGGUCCCUAUGGAGUUUAGAGUGUUUAAAGUAUAGAGGGUGGGGGCCAGUUAAUGGGCGGAUGUGGAGGGCUUUAGGAGGAAAGUACUACAUCUGUGGGUGGCCAUCUCAACCCUCAGGGACUGGACAUGCCUUAGACAUAAUGGCAUGAAAUGGCCAGGCUGACAGAAGCACACAUAUACAAUUACCAGGUUGAAGGUAACAAACACAAAAUGACCAAAUUGUCAGAACCACAACAAUAACAUGACCAUUUUGAAUAAUAUGACCAUUUAAAAUUAUAUAAAUAUAAAAUGACUGGGUUGAUAGAGUCAUAUAUGGAAUGGCUGUUGACAGAAAUGACCUGGUUGAAGGGAUUUAAUUUAAAACAGACAAAAUGACAAGAUAUACUGUACAGUGCAGUCUGUAAGUAUUUGGACAGUGACACAUUUUUUGUUGUUUUAGCCUUGUACUCCAGCACACUGAAUUUAAAAUAAAGCAAUGACUAAGUUUAA